AUGCUCAAGCAGCUGGGCACGGCGGCGUGCCCAGUGAAGACCCACCUGCCGCAUUCCGUCUUCGAGGAUGCCCACCCGGGGGAGCAGGCCCCCGAGAUCAGGGCAUACAAGCUGGGCAAGAAGCGGUGGAGCUACAACCAGGUGGAGCUGCGGCUGGCGCACGCCGACGGCAGCCGGCGGGCGGCGGUGAAGCAGACGGCGCACGCGGCCGAUGACUCUGCCGUCUGCUUCCACGUGCAGCUGGAGUCUGGGCACAAGCUGCAGGCGCACCUCUACAUCGUGUUUGACCAGCAGCCGCAGGAGCAGCCGCAGGCCGCGGAGCAGCAGCAGGAGCAGCAGGAGCAGGGCAAAAGCGCAGCCGGCGAUGGCGGCCGCUACCUGUGGAAUCUGGUGACCCGCAAGGACUGCUGCAAGGGCUGCGCCGGCAAUGUGCUGCGCUCGCUGCAGCGCUUUGGCCGGCUGGGCAAGCGGUCGUGGAGCGACGACAGCCCCGGCAGCACCGCCACCACCACCUCCACCGCCAUGAAGGACCCGCGCUACAUGUACGUCUCUCUGGAUGAGGCGUGCACGCACGUGGACGCCCCCGCCUUCCGCCUCGUGGCCGGCAUCUACGACGCAGCCGGCUCCCGCCUCAUCACCACAGCCGUCAGCCCGCCCGUGCGCGUGCUGGCCAACAACGAUGUGCCCACCGGCGCCGCACGCAUCCCGAUGGAGGCGUGCCUGCCCGCCGACUGGGAGGGGUGGAGCGCCGAGGAGGCGGCCGGGGCGGCAGUGCAGGGUGCAACGCCCGGGGACGCCGCGGCCCCGCGCCCCAAGCGCUCCCGCAGCGCCGCGCUGCGCCGCGGCGGCGGCAAGCACGAGCAGCCCGAGCGCAGCAACAGCAACAGCGCCACCACCGUCUCGGAGGAGAAGGGCGGCGGCAGCGGGCUGGCGGGCGCAGCCGCGGCGGCGCUGCCGCAGGCCGUGUCUGCGCCGCUGUCUGGCGGGCCGCCGGCGCAGGCGCAGCAGCAGGGCCCGCCCCCGCGCAUGCCCCAGCCCCAGCAGCAGCAGCAGCAGCAGCAGCAGCAGCAGCAGCAGCAGCACCUGCUGCAGCAGCUGCCCGACUGGGUGCGCUUUGCCGCGCAGCAGUCCGGCAUGCUGUCGCCCUCCGGCAGCAACGCCGCCUCGCUGCGCCCGCCCCAGCAGAUGUCGCUGCAGCAGGCAGCCCAGCUCAACCUGUCGCGCGCCUGCAGCGCCGGCUACCCGCCCGGCGGCAGCAGCGGCGCGGCCGCCACCACCGCCGGCCCCAUGCUGCCGCACGCCGGCUUUGCCGACCCGGCGGCGGUGGCUGCCGCGGCGGCGGCCGAGUGGCUGGGCCGCGCCCACUCUGUCAACAGCCCCUCGGCGCCGCAGGUGCCGCAGCAGGUGCCGCCGCCGCACCGCACCGGCUCCGCCUCCGACCUGCCGCCGGGCAGCCACCACAGCGGGGGCCCGUCCCCCGCCGGCGGCGGCCACCCGGGGGUGCAGGGCCCUGCCGCGCAGCACGAGGCGGCACGCCACGCGGCGCUGCUUCACCACGCCGAGGCGCAGAUGCGCGCCGCCAGCCGCGCGGCGGCCUCCCGCGCCGCCCUGCGCGCCCCCGCCUCGCUCACCGAGCAGGCCAUGCACAUGCACAUGCAGAUGCAGCAGCUGCAGAUGCAGAUGCAGCAGCAGCAGCAGCAGCAGCAGCAGCAGCAGCAGCAGCAGCACCACCACCAGCAGCUGGCCGCGAUGGCGGCGGCCUUCCAGCAGGGCGGCAUUGGCGGCUUCAAGCCGCCCGCCACCGCAGCCAUGCCCUCGCUGCACGUCAGCGUCGCCGCCGGCUUCAACCCGGGCGCUUUCUUCUCAGGCGGCAUGGGCGCCGUCCCGGGCGGCGACCUGGAUCACAUGCGCUUUGCCAUGCCCUCCCCUCUCCCCGGGUUUGACCAGCAGGAGGUGGCUGCCCUGUUGGAUGAUGUGCUGGGGGUGCCAUGA